AUGGAGACUUUGGAAAUUCAUUCCAAGGAUUUCUUGAUCAAAUGGAUCACGGCACCUGAAAACUCUGUCAUUGAUUGGCAAGUAAGACCCUUGAAGAAAUCCAUCAAUUUCGCAUUUUAUCAGAAAACUGAUGUAACUUCUGCAAACUCACAAAACUCCACGUCAACACCAGAAUCAAAUAGCGGCGCCAGCACACCAACAGCUGACUCACCACAUUUGAAUUCAAGGCUUAGAGCCAACUCCACAGCCUCAGUCAAUCAGUUCAAGAAGGCUAAUGAUGUUUACAGAUCCAAAUCAAGAACAUCAACGUUGUCAUCGAUUGGAGAGUCCAACCUUGAGUUGGUGAAGAAUUACAACAAAUUGGUUGCCAAUGAAUUGGUUAAAGGUAAAUUUGAAACCACCACUGGAGGAACGUUUGCCUUUGUGUUUGACAAUUCUUUUUCCAAAACAAUUGCCAAAUCAGUGCAAUUCUCCGUUGAGGUUGAGUUGCAAAAACCAUUACCACAACAAGAAAACAAUACUAUUCGACAAAAUGACCAACACGUGUUUGAAGAUACACAAAGUGGCAACGGCACAAUCAGUGCAGGCGAGAUCUUGCAAAGCGUUAUGUUAAAGAAGAGAAGAAAAAAGUUGCAGGGUUUUGUUAAGCGUUACUUUGUCUUGAAUUUCAAACGGGGUACAUUAUCCUAUUUCAAAGUCGAUGAUAACAAGUUGAGAGGCCAGAUGCCCAUCAAGGAUGCCAUAGUUUCGGCAAACGCAUCAAGUCGACAGUUGAUCAUUGAUUCAGGAAUGGAAGUAUGGCAAUUGAAAACCAUCAAUAAAGCUGAUUUUAAUGCAUGGGUCAAUGCAUUUAAUGCAAUUAAAAAGGAGGACUCCCAGCAACCGGCAGUAUUACCUACAGGCUCAUCCUCAUCGUCAUCACACGCUUUUGCACAAGCUUCGGGCUCUGCUGCUCCAAUACAGUCAUUAAGUUUGAUAGCCCUGAAGAUAAGCAAAUUGCAAUUGGAACAACCAUCCCCAUUGGUGGAUGAAAUUCAUCAAGAAAUUACUACAUUGUUGGAAAAAUUUAGAAGUGACACUGGUAGUGCUUCUUCAGAUUCACAGUCAUUGUUUUCUUCAGAGUUCCAUGACGCAGAAGAACACUUUGAUGAUGAAGGUGUUGUGUUUUUGGAUGAUGGAGGAUACCCAUCUCAACAGGAUGAUGAAGAGGAUCAAGUUGCAGAAGAGUCCUCAGAUGACGACGACGAUGAUGAUGAUGAUGAUGACGAUGACGAUAACAAUGACUAUUAUAGUAAAGGAGCAGCUCCAGAUGCUGCAGGUGGUGCUGCAGCUGUAGGAACAGUCGGAGACCAGCAACAGCAACAGCAACAGCAACAGUCUCAGCAACAAAUACCACCACAAAAACAGGAUCUUCCACAACCAACAAUUUCAGAAGAAGACAAUUUAUGGCCAUUACCUCACGAGCCAGUUUCUAGAAACUCUGACGUUCCGGUGUGUACGCACACUCCACCAUCAUUAUUGAGCUUUGUUCGUAAAAAUGUUGGAAAAGAUCUUUCCACCAUUGCUAUGCCAGUCACAUAUAAUGAACCGACAACGGUUUUGCAGAAGUUUGCCGAAAUGUUGGAGUACCCUGAAAUUGUUACCAAUGCUUUGGGAUCCGAUUUUCCUGACGGUUCAGGAGAGAAAUUAUUGAGAAUAGCUGCGUUUGCCUUGAGUUCUCUUUCCUCUACACGUUCCAAAGAAAGAAAUAAGCGUAAGCCAUUUACACCAUUGCUCGGCGAAACGUAUGAGUUGGUUCGUGAAGAUUUGGAUUUCAGGUUGGUUUCAGAAAAGGUUAGUCACCGACCACCAGUGUUUGCAUACCAUGUUGAUACUGAGAAUUGGACGAUGGAUUUUGCUGUAUCGCCAUCACAGAAAUUUUGGGGUAAGCAAUCCGAGGUAACAACUAAAGGUUUGGUUGUAUUGACAGAUAAACAUACGGGUGAGGAGUUUACUUGGACUCAAGCAACACAAAUGAUAAAAAAUAUCAUUGCUGGAGAAACUUAUGCAGAGCCUACAGGAACUGUGAGUAUCAAAUCAUCGAAUGGGUACAAGGCAGUUGCUGAAUUUGCCAAGGGAGGUAUGUGGAGUGGCAGAUCCGAAGGAGUUACCAUAAAGGUUUACGACAAUAAAAAGAAAGAGUUGCCAUAUACGGUAUUUGGAAACUGGACUGAGAGUUUCACACUAAAGACAAACUCUACCGAAAAGAGCAUAUGGGAAGCUGGUGAAUUGGUGCCAAACGAAAAGAAAAAGUAUGGUUUUACUGUGUUUGCCGGUACUUUGAACAAGAUUACCGAUAUGGAAAAAGGUCAAUUGCCUCCAACCGACUCAAGACUCAGACCUGACUUGCAGGCAUACGAGAAAGGCGACGUUGAUACUGCUGAAAAUUUGAAAGUGAAGUUGGAACAGGAUCAAAGAGACAGAAGAAAGCAAUUAGAGGACGUCGGACAGGAGUACGUGCCACAGUUUUUCAGGUUUUCUGGAAAGGGACCCCUUGACGAGGGUAAAUGGGAAUAUAUCACUGGCGAAAGAAGCUAUUGGAGUAGGAGAAAGAGACAAGAUUGGGCGGGAUUGACCAAAUUAUGGUAA